AUAUAUAUAAGACAAAAUAGUCCAAUAAGGUUUAGUUGUUUUAGAAGAUCUAAGAUGCUCAAAGCAAAAUCAAUUAUCCUCAUUGCACUGCUAGCCUUGGCAGCAGCUGCUCCAGCUCCUGAACCCAAACCAAUCAUUGGACACGCACUAUUAGGAGCCGGUUUAUUGGGAGCAGGAACUUUAGGCGCAGGAGCUGUCGGAGCUGGUCUUCUAGGAGCAGGCGUCCUUGGCGCAGGCGCUCUUGGUGCAGGUGCCCUUGGUGCGGGUGCACUCGCUGGCAAAGCUUUAGCCUACGGAGGAGGCUAUGGCCAUGGCCACGGUUAUGACUAUUACCCGUCCAGUUAUCACUACCACAAUUACUACCCUGUAGAAAACCAUUAUCACUCCUAUCCAGUAUAUGCAGACUCUUAUGGAUGGUGGUGAAAACGCCCAAUAGUAUUUUUGCGGUUUUUCAUUAAAUUAUUUUUGUUUCAUCUAUUCUAAUAAGUUAUUUCAUAUCGUUGUUAAAAAGAAAAUAUUUUCUCCA